CCGGCCGGCCCGGGGGCGCCGGGAGGGGCCCGCGAGGAGCAGGCCGAGGUGGCGGGCGGGGGAGAGCGCGGAGCUCCAGGCCGAGCCCCCUUGAGCCGGAGCGGGCGAGGGCGGCCCUGAGCGCGCGGCCCGACGCUCCUGGGGACUCCCCGAGCCGGCCCCGGGGCGCAGAGCGGCCAGUGGCGGGACUCGGGAGCGGCGCUGUGGGGCCGGCUGGGUGAAAGAGGCGGGAGACGCGCCGGGGCGCGAGAUGGAGGCAGGAGACCAGGAGGUGAGCAGCAUGAAACUGCAGACAUUGCAGUUACUGCCCGAGGAGCAGAUAGUGACACUUCGUCAACAAAUGGUGGAAAGUCAGGCAUCCUAUCAACGCAAGCUGCAGAGCUCCCAAGAGGCGCAACAUAGACAGGCAGUGCUUGUGCAGAAGCUACAAGCAAAGGUGCUGCAGUACCGGAGUUGGUGUCGGGAGCUGCAACAGAGGCUGGAAACAGAAAGGGUUGUGCAGGGGCCCCUUUCACACAGGUGGGAAGCCAAGGAGGAGCACAGCCUGGAGAGGGCACUGGUCCAGUUGGAGGAGGAGCAGCAGAGAUGUGAGAAUCUAGCUGAAGUGAACACCCUGCUCCGGGAGCACCUGGGCAAGGCAAAUGAGGUGAAUACAGCCCUUAGAGAGGAUGUGCAAAAACUGACAGUUGAUUGGACAAGGGCCCGGGACGAACUGGAGCUCAAGGAGAGCGAAUGGCGCACUGAACGUGAGUUCUUUGACGGGUACUUGAGGUGUGAACAUGAUCGACUUCUCAGCCUGUGGCGACAGGUGGUGACCUUCCGCCGUCACUUCCUGGAGAUGAAGACUGCAACUGACAGGGACUUGUCAGCACUGAAGGCAGACCAGAUAAGACUUUCUGGAUCAAUACUUGUCAGCUGCUUCCAUCUAAGUUCUGGUACACGGCACUGGGAGUCGAACACUUUGGAAAGAUCUGCCCCGAGGGAUCAGACACAGCAGCUUUGUGCCAGGGCUCAGGAGCUGGAAAAGGAAGUAUACCAGAAAACCCAAGAAGUGAUGUGCUUGCAGGUCAAAGGGGAUAUAGAGAAAGAGGAGCUUCAGGGCAGGGUGAUGGAACUCUCAGCCUUGCUGGCGCAGUCCCAGAAGCAGAAUGAGGAGAAAGAAAAGACCGUGAAGACGCUUAGUGACACGAUGGAAAUUCUGGAGGCCAGUCGGUUGGAGGUAGAAUAUAAAGCUUCACUGACCCAGAAUGCCAAAGAAGAGACCCUUUCCCUUCAUCAGGUGCUAAAAGACAUAACUCAGGCCCUAAGGGAGCAGCUUUCAGACAGCCAAGACUCUGUCCAUUCUCUGCAACAUCAGCAAAGGCAGCAGGAAGAGGAAUGCAAGAUGCUGAGGCAGAGGCUCCAGCAGCUGGAAGAGAACUGCAAGACACUCACCGGCCAGACGCAGCACCUCCAGUCCCUGGUGGAAACUCUCAGCAGUGACCGUGUGAACCUGGAGAAGGCCAGGGAAGAGCUGCAGCAACAACUGGAGGUGUCUGAGCAGGAGGCCUGGCGAUUGCGCCGAAGCAACACUGAGCUACAACUGAAGGAAGAUUUGGCUCAAGGGGAGAAGGAGGAGCAACAGCUGGAGAUGGAGAGGAUCCUUCGGGAGAGGGAGCGCCUUCAGAAGGCUUUAGCUGCACUUGAAGCAAAGCAUUCAUUGUUAAAGAGCGAGUUGGUUGCCAGGAGGGAGGCGCUGGAGAAAUCUCACCUUGAUGGGGAGUUGAUGAAGCAAGAGAAACAUGAGCUUGCCAUGGCACUGGAGAGGGCAGAACAGUCAAUUGCUGAGUUGACAGGGGUUCAGAAUAAACUGAAGGCAGAAACCGCUGAUCUGCAUGAUGUGGCUGAGAAGAUGAGUGGCAUGAAUGAGGCUCUAGCUUUGGAUAAAAUGCAGUUGAAUCAGCUUGUCCUGCAGUUGGAGCAGGAGAAUCAGGCUUUGUCAAGCAAAGUGAAGGACAUGCAGAGAGCAACAGCCUCUGUGCAGGAGGAGCUGAGCCUGUCCGAAAGAGCAAAUGAGGAGCUCUGUGCAGAGAAAACUCAUCUGGAGCAGUUGCUGCAGAAAGCUAAGGAGGUGCAGGAGGAACUGCAGGCAGAGUUGGGUGUGCUGAGAGAUGAGAGAAAAGAGACCCAUGAGGUGAUGAGUCAGAUGUGUCGCCAGGAGGAGUCAUCCAGCACUGACUUGGAGAAAACACGGCUGGAGUCAAGUCGCCGUGGAGAUGCACUGGCUAAAGUAUCCAGAGAAAAGGAAGCCCUGGUGCGUGAGAAGGCAGCACUGGAGGUGCGACUAGGGGCUGUGGAGCGGGACAGACGUGGCCUUUCAGAGCAGCUGGCAGAGCUCAGAUCAGCAAAGGAGAUCUUAGAAUCCAGCCUGUUCGAGGCUCAGCAGCAGGUGUCUCAGCUGGAGGUCACUAGGGGUCAGUUGGAAAUCAACGUUCAAACAGUCACCCAGGCCAAAGAGGUGAUACAAGGAGAAGUGAAGUGCCUUCGUUGUGAGCUGGAAACAGAGAGGUCCACAAUGGAGCGGGAGCGGGAGGAUAUGGCACAGCAGCUCUCACGGACAGAGCAGCAAUAUCAAGAUACCCUUAGCCUUCGGCAAGCUGCGUAUGAGGAGAAAAUGAACAAGCUCCUGCAAGAGCUGAAGAGUGAGCAGGAAUGGCACCGCGCAGAGCUGAAAGAGGUGUCGGAGCUCUCAGCCCAAGAGAAAGCAGAAGCAGAAGGUGCUUAUGAGAAGAAGCUGUUGGAGCUGAAGCAGGAGGCUGCAACUAUGCAAUCUCAGAAAGAAGAGGAGCGAGCUAGGGCUGAAAAUGCCAGGCAAGAGGUGCUGCUAGAGAAAGAGAGGGAGAAGAAGUCUUUGCUGGAGGCACUGCUCCAAACACAGGAAGAGUUGACAGAUGCCUGUCAGCAGCUGGAGCAGCUUCGCCAAGAGGUGAAGAAGCAACUGAAGGAGCAGGACACCGUGGAGGGGCUGCAAGCUGAGCUCCAGGAAGCUCAGAAUCAGAUGGAGGCAGUGGAGAGCAGGCACCUGGAAGAGGUCAAAACCCUCAAACAGGAAAUAGACAUUCUCCUUCAGCAGCGAGACACCCUGCGAAACCAGGUGCAAGAGCUAGUGGUCACCAAGGAUUCCUGGCAACAGAUUGGCCUGGAGGCUCAGCGGCAAUUGAACGAGGUGCAAAAAUUAUCCAACCAGAAGAUAGUGGAGGCUGCUCAUAUCCAGAAGAUGUUAGAGGGGGAGAGGAGUCGACGGGAGGAGGCAGAGUGUCAGAACACAGAGCUCCGGGCCACGCUCGGAGCCCUGGAGGGAGCCCUGGAGGGGGAAAGGAGCCGACGGGAGGAGGCGGAGAGUCAGAACACAGAGCUCCAGGCCACGCUGAGAGCCCUGGAGGGGGAGAGGAGCCGAUGGGAAGAGGCGGAGUGUCAGAACACAGAGCUCCGGGCCAUGCUCAGAGCCUUGGAGGGGGAGAGGAGCCGAUGGGAGGAGGCGGAGCGUCAGAACACAGAGCUCCGGGCCACGCUUGGAGCCAUGGAGGAGGAGAGGAGCCGACGGGAGGCGGCGGAGCGUCAGAACACAGAGCUCCGGGCCACGCUCGGAGCCCUGGAGGGGGAGCGGAGCCGACGGGAGGAGGCGGAGCGUCAGAACACAGAGCUCCGGGCCACGCUCGGAGCCCUGGAGGGGGAGAGGAGCCGACGGGAGGAGGCGGAGCGUCAGAACACAGAGCUCCAGGCCACACUAGGAGUCCUGGAGGAGGAGAGGAGCCGAUGGGAGGAGGCGGAGCGUCAGAACACAGAGCUCCGGGCCACGCUCGGAGCCCUGGAGGGGGAGAGGAGCCGACAGGAGGUGGCGGAGCGUCAGAACACGGAGCUCCAGGCCAGACUCAGAGCCCUGGAGGGUGAAAGAGCCAGCCUGGCUCUGGCCCUGGAGGGGAAGGAGCUGAGACUCAGGACCUUCCAGGAGAGAGACGAUGCCCAGCUGAGUGAGAUCAUCAGCCUGCAGGCAGCCAUUUGCCAAGCUCAGCAGCUCCAUUCUGACCACAGAAGAGAGAUACAGGAGCUCAACACACAGGUCCACUCACUCAGGCAGGCAGUGCUAGAGAAAGAGGCUGGUUUAGUGGCCAAUGAGAAGCAGCUGUCACAGGAUCUGGAGGAGUCACGGGCGGGUGAGCGGCAUUUGAGGGAUUUGCUGCGGACACUAGAGGCAGAGGUGUCUCAGCUGCGCCUUAGCCUUUGCAGCACCGAGAGCCGGGCAGAGGCACUGGCUGUGGAGUGCCACCUCACCAGCAGUGCCCGCAGUGAAGCAGAGUCCCAGCUGGCCAGGCUGCACACGGUUCUGCAGCACACACUGUGUGGCAGCACUCUGGCAAGUGGAGACCUUGUCACAUGGAGUGCAGAACAGGACCGUGUUUGUGGGCUUACUGGGCCUCAACCUAAGGACCUCCACAUAGAGCUCACAGCAGAGAAAGUGGCAACAGCCUUCCGGAACCUGCACCAGGACCUGAGGCAGACUCUGCGAGAUCGGGAUGAUGCCAGGAACAAGGCUCAGAAGCUGGAGCAGGAGCUGAGCAAAAAGGAGGCCGAGAGGGACUGUCUCAGAGCCCACACCCAAGAGCUGCAGAAGUGGUUGUCUCAAAGCCAGGAAGAGAUGCGGAUGGUAGAAGGGAAGCAGGGCUCACUCCAGGCCAUGCUGCAAGAAGAGGUCAUUGCCCUAAAGAAGGAGGUUGUGACAUUGCAUGGGGAGGUUGCAUCCUUGGAGAGGAGCCUUGAGGGCACCGAGAAGCAAAGAAGAGAUGUUGUGCAUGAACGGGACAUGCUGCAAGCAGCUAAGGAGAAACUGGUACGGGAGAUGGACCUUCUCCAGGAAUCAGUCUCUGCCUCUGAGACUCGGGCAAACAUAGCAGCAAAGAUGAGCCGCUCCCUAGAACAAGAGCUUCAAACAACCCUCUCUGCCCUGAAAAUGAAAAGUGAGGAAGCAGAGACUCAACAGGAGGGAAUCCAAACAUUGCAGAAGGAGGCUGCCUUGGGGAAGGCUUUGCAGGAAAAUCUGGAUCACCUGACUCUUGCCUUAAGCCAGAGAGAUGGAGAAAUGGAAACACUGCAAGAACAGAUUAGCGAGCUGGAGCACCAGAGAGAAGUGCAAAGAACAGCUUUAGAUCACCUUACUAAAGACCUAGAGGAGAAGGACAGAGAGGUGGAAUCCCAACAAGAACAGAUUCAGGAACUAGAGAAUCAGAGGGAAAUGCAGAAGACUGCUCUAGAACAACUGACUUUAAACCUAGAGGAGAAAGUAAAGGAAAUUAAAUUCCAGGAAGAGAAAAUCCAGACUCUGGAAGAACAUGGAAGAUCACAAAUGAAAGCUCUGCUGGAGGAGCGCUAUCUGAUCAAAGCAGACUUGAGGGAAAAAGAUUGUGAGCUUAUGUCUCAGAGAAAAGUAGCUGAAGAAUUGAAAGAGGAGGAGAAAAAGCAGGUGAAGGUUCUGCGCACAAGCCUAGAACACAUGAAAGCAAUUCUCGGGGACAAAGAGCAUGAGAUCGAAUCGCAGCAGGAGCAGAUAAGGAUUUUCCAGCAGUAUGAGGAUCAGCGGGAGGAAGAGCUACAGGACCUGCGGGAGAAAGUAAAACAGAUGACCCUCACUCUGACUCAGAGAGAUCAAGAGCUUGAGUCACAACAAAAGCAAAUUCAGAAUAUUAAGGAAGAGAUGGAAAUGAAGCUAAAGCCUCUUUGUGAACAUCUGGAGCAAACACAAGCAGCCUUAAAAGACAAAGACAGAGAGCUGGAAUUCCAAAUGCAGCAAAUACAGAAAUAUGAGGAAGAAGCAGAAGGGCAGAUGAAGGUUUUACAGAGAGAUUUAGAAUAUGCCAAGGAAGCACUAAAGGAGAGAGAUGGAGUGAUUAAGUCUCAGAAAGAGCAGAUCUGGACACUCCAAAAACAAGAAAGAGAAGUUGAGCAACAGGUGAAAACUCUUGACUGUCUUGAAGCAAUAUUAAGGGAGCGAGAGCAAGAAAUCGAAUCCCUGCAAAAGCAAUAUGAGGAGCACAAGACAGAGGAGGAGAAUCAGGCAAGAGUCAUGCAAGCAAAUCUUCAACAAACACAGGUGACUCUGAGGGAGAGAGAAGGGGAAAUAGAGGCCCUUGAGGAAGAAAUCCAUAAGCUUCAGCAGCAUGAGGAAGAUGCAGUGACACAGACUAAGGCUGUCUUGAAGACACUUGAAUAUACCAAAUCAUCUCUACAAGCCAGAGACCAGGAGAUAGAGUCUUUACAAGGGCAUGUCAAGGAGCUGUUAGGGCAGAAAGAGCUGGAAGAAAAGUGUGUCAGGAGCUUACAGCAGGAUCUAGACAGAAUGAGCCAAAUAGUGAAGGAGAAGCAUGUAGAACUCCUCAAGCAGGUGGAGCAAAUUAGCAUAUACCAACUUCAAGAAAAAAGAAUGCAGGUGGCACUAAAGUCCUGCCAGAACCAAGCAAGUUGUCUAGAGGAAGUUGUAAGAGAGCGAGAGUGGGAGAAUGAGACUCUCAUUCAACAGCUCCAGCACCGAGAGGAAGAGCAGGAGACCCUGCACCAUCUCCAGCUUACACUGGCUGAGAAGGAGGAGAGACAUCACAGAGAGAGAGAGCAGCUUCUAGAAGAAGCUCUGAACAAGAGGGAACAGGAGAUCAAGGCCCAAGAUGAGCGAAAACAAUUGGAAGAGGAGGAGGCAAAGGGUCUUCAAGAAAAUCUCCAGCAUCUCCAGCAGACACUGGCCAAAAAGGAUGAGGAGAUCAAACACCAGAGAGAGCGAGUCAGGGGCCUGGAGGAGACUCUGAGAGGGCGAGAGCAGGAGCUGAGGACACAGGGUGAGCUCCUGAAGCAGCUCACCUCAGCUCUGCAAAGGAGAGCUGGUGAAGGGGAGACUCUAAAGAGCCAAAUCCAGAAACUCCUGAGAUGGGAGACAGAGGAGGCAGCCAAGAGGAAGGUUCUCCAGGAGAGAGACCAGCAGUUGGAAAGGCAGAAGGUGUGGAUCCAACAGCUGGAAGAGGAGAAAAAAGUGAAGGAUCAGGAACUGGAGCACAUGAUGGCUGUUCUGAAGCAGACUGAGAGUGUGGAGAUAGAAUGGAGGGAGAAAGCACAGGCCUUGGCUUUGUCCCUGGCCCAGAGCCAAGCAGCCAGUAGGACCCUGAGGGAGGAAAUGGCUGUCCUACAGUGCAUGGUAUCAGAGCGGGAUAAGGAUCGGCUUCAUCUUCAGGAGCAGCUUGCUUCAGCUCUCAGAGACCUAGAGGAGAGCGUUCCAAACAAGGCUCUGAAUGGAGAUGCGGAUCUGCUGCUUAGAGAGGAGAGAGCAGGGAAACAGCAGGCCAUGGGAGAGGAAGAGGAGCAGCUGGCAGCAGGGGCAGAGAGGAGACUCCUACAGCAGCGACUGGAACGUCUGCAGCGAGCUGUCGCAAGGCUGGAACAUGACAAAGCUGAGCUGCAGCAGCUCAAUGCCCAACUCAGGAGGACUCUAGAGCAGGUGGAGCAUGAGCGGAGGAGGCUGAAGAGGGACCGUGCUGGCCUCUCACUGCCAGAUGCCUGUGGACUUCCUAUGUCUGACUCUGGGCAGAAUAAGGCAUCAACCUCAGGACAGGAGGAGGCCCGGACUCUCCAUAGGCGACUCGCCGAGUUGCAGAAGCAGGUGUCUCUUCUGCAAACCCAGCUGGUGCUGGAGCGGAAGCACAAGCAGGACUACAUCAAGUGCUGUGCAAAGACCAGCCAGGAGCUGUCGGGCCUACACCAGGAGCUCUCUCACUCCUUAGCAGCUGUGGCCAGGGAGCCCAAGGCUGCUGUUCUAGAAGCAGAAACGCGGAAGCUGGAUGAAUCCCUGAACCACAGCUUGGCCUUGGUGGCUCUAGGGUGGGACGGCCAAUCUCCUGAGAUACACCCUCUGAGUUCCACACCCAGAGCAGCCCAGCAGAAUGAGUUGAGGUAGCAGGAUCAGCGUUCAGCAAAUGGGUCACAACAUGGGCAAGGUCCAACCCUACGUGUGGUUUGGCAGUGCCGUUUUCAAAGGUGCCAUGGACAAUAGACUCUUGCCCACCUUGCCGAAGAAUCCUACGUGGCAGUGGAAAAGGUGGUGAUUGUCCCUUCAAGAGCCAUCCCUUCUGUUUUCAUGGGCCAGACCUCCUCAGGGUCCAGCCUGCCCGCUGACGUGGCCCCGAUUCUCAUAGCCCCAGCCGAAUACCAGUCCUCAGGAACAUUGAACCACAUGGUUGGUUGUGGCAUAUGGGAGGAUGGAACCAAUAAGAACAUGGGUUUUCCCCCUUCUUCACAGCCUGUGUAUCCUGGGGAAUGUCCCCAGAGUGUGCAGAGACCUGCUGCAGGGAGUGAAUUCAGGAGCGUGGGGUUGUGUCAAAGCUGAGACCUGGGGCGGGGGGCAAUAGUGCUCACUAUGGAAACACCAUAGGCAGCAGUGUUCACCAUGGAAACUUUCCAGCCGGACUAUGCUAGGGGAUCAGAGGCUGGAGCUGGCCUGAGCAGGGCUCAGAGAUUGGAGGCGAGCUGGAAAAAGCCUCUAGGGUUGACUGGCCGCAGCAGGUUGGUGGAAUUUUCCUUUUCUGAAGCACACGAUUGUUGCCUGCCCCAGAAAUGUUGCUGUUACAAGGUGCCCCCAGAGAUUGCCCUCCUGCUGCCUGGAGAGCUGCUCCCAAAUGACUCGUACUGUUUCCCUUUUAGUAAGAGCUCCAGCGGGAGCUGUAUUUUCAGCUUUUACAAUAAAGUUAUUCCCUA